UGUAGUUCUCAAUGAACUAUGAAGGAGCUGGUGAGCACCGUCGUAGUUCAUGGAUUCGUACUGCAAUUCAGUAACUGGCUGUCUUAUGGGAAGAGAGUGUACUAAGCAGGGGCGGACUAACCAUUUAGCCACUCGGGCACUGCACGAGGGCCCGGGGUCAGUAGGGGGCCCCAUGAGAUGCCCUUGGUACCUUUCAUAGGCUUUUUUGGGCUUUUUGGGCAAGGACACAGGGGCCCCAUGAUCCCCUGUUGCCCGGGGGCCCCAUGAGUUGUCAGUCCACCCCUG